CUCCGGGUUCAUGGUUAGGAACAUACAUACAUAGACUUGAAAAAGGUCAUCGGAACCCUUGUGUCACUGCAGGGCUCAAUUUUGUAAUUUAUAAUCAAGUGACACAUUGCAACUUUGUAUGUACACAUCGUUUACAAACCCAACGAUGUAUAUGUAGGGUUAUACCCAUAGAAACUUAAUAUUACGUUAUACCACUCAAACACUGUCUGACUCACUCAUGGGUUUUCAUGAGCUCCUCAUGAAGCUCAUGAAUAUUUCUGAAGAUCAUGAGGCUGCUUUUGCAAUGCAGUCUUUCCUAAGAAGAGUCAGACCAGAUUCGUAUUUUUAUCAUCUUCUACUUUGCUCUUGAUUGUAGUUUAGUGCUCUUCUGUUUUACUUAAGUAGUUACAUAUAUCCCAAACUUCCACAUUACAUGCAUAUGUACAAUAUGUGCACAUUUUCGAUAAUUUGAAGUAAACAGAAUCAAUCGGGCGAUUAAAUGGAAGAAUACAUCAUUGGAGCCAUCAUCAUCAUUAUCACCCUGAUAUUUGGAUGGAUAUCAAUAAAAACUAAAAUACUUGACAACCAGUGCAAAAUUACGGUUUCAUCCCAAUGUACUGAAAGGGAUAUCACACUUGCAAGAAUAAAUUUACAAGAAGCCAUUCACAAAAACAAUACCCAAGAAACUGUUGCCAUACUUCAAGAUAAAACAAAACGUGAAAGAAUCAUUUCCAAGCACGACUUGAAGGGAAGAGAAAUCGUGCUUGAGUCGCAAGGUCAAAAUGCUAUCCUGGAAAGGGAACGAUUACAACAAGCCGGAAUCACUAAUCGAACCCAGAUUAAAACUCAAGCUUUUACAAAUGUUGCAAAUAUGGAUCUAACAUUUAGAUACAGAGAAUUAGACUAUGACAAACAAAAAUUUAACGCAAUGCUUGAUUUCAAUGGAGCAGUUCUCCAACAUCAAGACCAAUGGAACGAGAGGGAUUUAUCCAUCAAGCGAGAAUUAGGAUUAGAACAGGGACGAACUCAUCGCUAUUUGGCUGACCGAAGACAAGAUGCGAUUGAAUUUAGUCAGAGGGCCGAAUCUGCUAGACAUUUAACGAGUAUGAACACUUAUAAAGAUGUCACCCUUACUCAAUUGAAAUCUGCAGAAAAGAUGACCAAACGUACCCUGGAGACAGAGAUGGCUAUGCAGGACAGGUCACUUAAUUGGGAAAAAGAGCGAUUUGAAGCACAACACGAACUAAAUGGAAGGAUGCUUGAAUUAAAUGACAAUUGGACUAAUAGAAGCUUGGACAUUUCAAAGAUGGCCAUAGAGAAUCAGGCCGAGAUGCAUAGUUUAGAAAUGGACACGUGCAGAGGACUGGGGUUGGCGUCACUCUCGGUGAACAGGGACCUGGGCAUGGCUUCCAUUCAGUCCAAUGAGAGGAUUGAAUUUGGAGGAUUUGAUUGUCGAAGGGAUGAAGCAAGAGAGGCUACCAAACAAGCAGAAUCAAACAGUAACUUUUUGCAAGAUGUUCUCGGAACUACGCUCACUGUGCUGACUGGGGGCCUUUUUUCAAAAGGUAACGGGGGGAAUGGUGGUGGAAUGCGUGCUCUUCCGUCACCGGGGUCUUCAUCGAGAAGAGCAAUUGUUCAACCAAAUUUCUAAUAUUUAUUCUUUCAGUGUAUGCAUAUUAGAUCUACGUAUUUCUCUGUAUUUUGAAUUUAUUGUAAAAAAACGAAUACCUAAAUUAAAUUAAAUGCAUAUUUAUUUCACUGUAUAAAUUGAGCAAUAAAUGAUGAAAGUUAUGAAACUGCUAGCAUGUACAUAUGUACAUGCAUAUGCACUUUAAUUGUCUUUAUUGAAAUAAAACCUUAUCUAU